AUGCUCACAUUAGUCAUGGUCAUGCUGCUCUUUCUGGUGCUGUUGAAACUCAUCCCAGCCAACUGUCUGGACUUUGUUCAGGGGCGCAUUGUUGGCGGAUAUACCCCCUCGCCAAAUUCAAUCAAAUACAUUGUAUCGUUACAGAGCUCAAAGGGCCAGCACUUCUGUGGCGGAUCUCUGGUCCAUAAGUCCUGGGUGCUUACAGCCGCCCAUUGCAAUAUUGGGAUGGAUCAGAUGAUGGUGGUGGCUGGAGACUAUACUUUAGGUGCUUAUGAGGGGACAGAGCAGUACUCUAAGCCUUUGUCGCUUAUCCCGCACCCUCAGUACAACAGGAGCACCAAUAAUGCAGAUAUUAUGCUCAUAAAGCUUAGUGCACCCAUAGAGCUGACCAGGUAUGUGUCCCUCGCCCCGCUCCCCAAACAGAACACAGGGCUGCUGGCGGGCAGGAUGUGCCGGGUGUCUGGGUGGGGCUCCACCAGCCACAGCGGAGGUCUGACACCCCUCACCCUGCGUACGGUCAAACUCCCCAUCGUCUCCACCUCCAAGUGCAACAGCAGCAACUCCUUCAGCGGAAACAUCACAACAAACAUGAUCUGCGCUGGGUCCAGCACAGGAGGAAAAGAUGCGUGUAAGGGAGACUCCGGAGGGCCGCUGGUGUGUGAUGGACGUGUUUAUGGCCUGGUCUCUUGGGGAAAUGGCUGUGGAGAUCCUAGGUUUCCAGGGGUUUAUACGGCUGUGUCCAGGUUCCGCAGAUGGAUUGACCAGACCAUAUACAGCCCAUAUUCACGAUGCCUUAAGUCAGCUGGUCUCUUCAGCAGGGAAGACUAAACUUCUGUGUGGUUCUGUGGUUCAUUCCACAGCAU